CCGCCGCCACCGCAGCCGCAGCCGCAGCAGCAGCAGCUGGAGGAGGACGCCUCUGAGCCCUCUGAGGAUGAGGCUGGGGACGAGGACGGCGGGAAGGAGACUGUGCCGCUGCUGGAGCGGCCCGCCCAGACCAGCGGCCGCCGGGAGCGCAAGGCGGUGCAGCGGUUCGUGCAGCAGAGCCGCGAGGAGUCCAAGCGCGGCGCGCACGUGCUGGAGGAGGGGCGCGGCACGCCGCUCAGCGACUGCCCCGUCAUCAUGCACAACAUUGCGACGGGCCGACCGGACGACGUGCGCGUGCUGCACCAGAUCAUCUUCUCGCGGCCCGGACGGCCUUACGAGUUCCGCCGCAACCUGCGUCUGUUCCGCGGCUUCGCGUUCGCCGCCGACUCGCCCAGCUUCGUUAAGAAGCGGGAGAACCUGGAGAAGUACCGGCUGGACGUGCUGCGCUCCCUCAGCCGCAUCCUCGACCUGGACCGCAAGAGUGGCACGCGCGAGGAGCUGGCGCUGGCCAUCUUGCGCUUCCUCUGUGACCCCAAGCCGUCCGGACGCGAGGUCAAGAAGAAGCGGAAGCGGAAGUCCAAGGGCAAGGCCGGCCCCGGCGUCAAAAAGCCGCGCAAGAAGAAGGCCGCGGAGGGUGACGAGGCCGGCGAUGACGUGGGCAGCGGCAGCGAGAGCGGUUCGGAUGACGACGACGACGACGACGACGUCGGCGGUGCUGGCGAUGCUGAGGAGCCGAAGAAGGUUAUAAAGAAGAAGAAGGAACCGUCGCCGAAGAAGGCCCCGGCGAAGAGCACGCCGGCUAAGAAGGCUGCGGUCAAGGCGGGCGUGAAGAAGACGCCCAAGAAGCGGAAGGCUCAGGAAGCCGGGGCCGAGCCGGCCGGCUCCUCCAGCGAAGACGACGAGCCGCUCCAGAAGAAGCCCAAGGCCGGCAAGCCGCCCACGAACGGCGAGAUCAGGACGCUGGUGAGCAAACUGCUGCAUGGCGCCAACCUGGAGGAGGUCACCAUGAAGAACAUCCUGACGAAGGUGUACGCCAAGUACCCGCAGCACGACCUCACUGCUCGCAAGGACUUCAUCAAGGCCACGGUCAAAUCGCUGAUAUCGUGAUGGGCGCGCCGGCGCCAGCGGACGGUCCGCGCGCCCCCUGUCAUCAUCACCCGCCAUCGCACGGAGGGCCGCCGCCGCGCGCGCGGACGUCGCACGGCCGGCGCGCUGACACGCCCCUCCGCCACCCACCAUUUGUGAAUAUCGACGUUUUGUCCAUCGCGUAUUAACUCGCUGUCUGCUUUUACAUGCAUUUCAAUGACCUGAGUUAACCGUGUUUUGUCUCGCGUCGCGAGCAAUGGCUUUUUUCGCUUGUAGCGUUUGCCGGGCGCCGGCGCGCGUCACCCUUGUGACGUCACUGGUGACGCUGAGUGCCGUGCGCUGGUUGGCGGCGGGGUGCUGGUGACGUGUUCGGAUCUCAGUACAAUCUGACCGUGUCCCAUGGAGGCGGGGUGGCGCACUAGCCACGUGCCGAGCCGGGCGUGUCUUGUGGCGGCCUCGCGACCACCAGCACAACAGAGGCACCCACAGCCGUCACGCGUUAAUUGUCGGGGCGGAAAAUAAAGCAUGGAUAAAUCCAUCGUUCA